CUUCAUGUCCCAGUUUACAUAGCGCGGCGUGGAGGAAAUACUCGGGAAGAUUCGGGAAGGUUUCAGUGAGUUACAUCAUAGUUUGGCCGGAAGCUGCAGCAUUUUGUAUUGGAGAAAGUGAUCUUGAGACAGAAUGUUUGCAGCCAGGUUAGUAUGUCUGCGAAGCCUGCCGUUGGGGGCACUUCAUCCUACCAUGACCCAGGGAUCACCAGCUAUAAGAAAUUCAGCCCUCAAAACAAACCAGUGGCUUUUAAAGCCUAACCAGGGUUAUUCCACCAAAAGCAGGUUUGGGUUACGCCGUGCCAAGUCAGCUCGUGAGGAAAUCAAAGAAGCAGCGUUUGAACCAUCAAUGGGCACAGCAGCUCGGUUUGACCUAACCGGGCGACUGAUUGUUGCUGGUGGUGCCGUUGUUGGUCUCGGAGCUCUGUGCUAUUAUGGGUUGGGAAUGUCCAAUGAAAUUGGCGCCAUAGAGAAAGCUGUAAUUUGGCCUCAAUAUGUGAAAGACAGAAUCCGAUCCACCUACAUGUACUUUGCUGGCAGCAUCAGCCUCACAGCCCUAUCUGCUGUGGCUGUUAGUAGGUCGCCUGCUCUUAUGAACCUGAUGAUGAGAGGAUCAUGGCUGGCCAUCGGGGCAACAUUUGCAGCAAUGAUUGGUGCUGGGAUGCUCGUGAGGUCUAUAUCCUAUGAGCAAAGCCCUGGAGCUAAACAUCUUGCUUGGUUGUUACAUGCAGGUGUGAUGGGCGCAGUGGUUGCGCCAUUAACCUUGUUGGGGGGUCCUUUGCUUAUCAGAGCUGCCUGGUACACAGCUGGCAUUGUUGGUGGUCUAUCUACUGUGGCUAUGUGUGCCCCAAGUGAGAAGUUCCUGAAUAUGGGAGGGCCCCUGGGAGUGGGUCUGGGCCUGGUGCUUGCGUCAUCCAUUGGGAGUGCGUUCCUUCCCCCUACCUCUGCAUUUGGGGCUGGCCUCUAUUCCAUUGCUAUUUAUGGCGGACUGGUGCUUUUCGGCAUGUUCCUUCUAUACGAUACACAGAAAGUUAUCAAACGCGCUGAGACACACCCAUUGUAUGGAGUACAAAAAUUUGACCCAAUAAAUUCGUGCCUGGGGAUAUACACAGAUACCCUGAACAUCUUUAUCCGUGUGGCCAUGAUGUUGGCUGGUGGAGGUGGGAACAGGAGGAAAUAAAUCAGUGCUGCACUCAAAAUCCUAUAUUGUUCUCCCUAGCAGUUUGCUUUAAUUCCAGACUAUAAAUAAAUGCUAAUAUAAACAUCUUCAGCAAGAUUAUGUUUAUUGUGGGCAACCAAGGUAGAAACGCGUUGAUUUAAUCUAUUCUGAAAGAAUAAGCACUCGGCCCCUGUGUAUAAUUUAAGAUAGGAGCAUAGAAAUAUUCAUUUUAUCAUUGGUGAUAAAUAGCACAGAGUGGAAGACGCAGGUUAAAAUCAAUUAACAUCCUGAUGAAAUUACAUUGCUUUGGAAAAUAAACACUAGAUCUUCAUAAAUUCUUUCAACAAAAGUGCGUUAUGCUGCAGCUGAAAGAUUCGUUCGCAAUUGCCUCUCCAGCAAGUAUGGGGAUUUAUAACCACGCAAUACGUUUCAUCCUUAUUUACAGAGAAUGGUCUGAGAAAUUAGCUUUAGCAUUUUAAAUCUGGAAGAACUGCUGUAUCCCUAAAAUUAGCAUUCAUGUUGAUUCAAAACAUUCACAACUUAUAUAAAUUAUCAAAUUUACUUUGUUCUUUUUCUAUCCUUUUUGCUGAGAUGGGUGAAUUGUCUGGCAGCAAUUUGCAACAGUGUUUUUAAGUGUUAUACAUAAUACAGAUAUUGCUGACUUAUGGUGCUCCAGGCACGUGCAUGUACCUAAGCCUGCCUACCUACUUUUCUACAAAGGAUACCAGAAGAACAAAGUAAAUGUCAUCUGAAUUGUGGGGGAAAAAAUGGGUUUGAUGUUCCUUUAUAUAUAGUCUCAUCUUUACAAGGAAACAUUACAGCUGUGUUUGCACAACUACAUAUUUUAUUCAGUAUUUAGUGAUCAGUUUAAGUUAUUGUUCAAAAGAGAUUUAAAUACAACGUAGGUAAUUAAUUUGUAUUUUUGUUAACAUAAUAAAAGAAUCUUUAUUUUGA